AAAGCAGGGCACCCCUCGCAGGAGGCGUCCGAAGACUCCGCCCCCUGUGCGCGAGCUGUUACGUCCUCCUGCCGCCGCUGCCCGGAGCCAGCAGCAGUACAGGAGCUGCCGUGCCUCGUCUUUCACGGAGGAGUUCCCGAAAGCCGGAGUAUUAGCAAAACCCCAGACAGCCAUGGCAGAAAACGCCGGCUUGGAAAACCACCGCAUCAAGAGCUUUAAAAAUAAAGGACGCGAUGUCGAGACCAUGAGAAGACAUCGAAAUGAGGUCACAGUCGAGUUGAGAAAGAACAAACGAGACGAGCAUCUACUGAAGAAGAGAAAUGUCCCACAGGAGGAGAGUCUGGAGGACUCUGAUGUCGACUCUGACUUCAAAGGACAAAACGUCACGCUUGAUGCCAUCCUACAGAACGCGACCAGUGAUAAUGCAGUAAUACAGCUCAGUGCUGUACAGGCAGCCAGAAAACUGCUCUCGAGUGACAGAAACCCUCCCAUCGAUGACUUGAUAAAGUCUGGAAUCCUGCCCAUUUUAGUCAAAUGUCUGGAAAGAGAUGACAACCCCUCUCUUCAGUUCGAGGCAGCUUGGGCUUUGACCAACAUUGCCUCUGGGACGUCAGCACAGACUCAGGCUGUGGUGAAAUCCAAUGCUGUGCCCCUGUUCCUGCGUCUGCUGCACUCCCCCCACCAAAAUGUAUGCGAACAGGCCGUAUGGGCUCUAGGAAACAUUAUAGGUGAUGGUCCACAGUGCAGAGACUAUGUCAUUUCUCUGGGCGUGGUCAAGCCUCUACUCUCUUUCAUUAAUCCAUCGAUCCCCAUUACCUUCCUCCGUAACGUCACCUGGGUCAUCGUUAACCUCUGCCGUAACAAGGAUCCGCCUCCGCCCAUGGAGACCGUCCAGGAGAUUUUGCCUGCCCUGUGUGUGCUAAUAUAUCACACUGAUAUAAACAUCCUCGUAGACACCGUGUGGGCUCUGUCCUAUCUGACGGAUGGAGGCAACGAGCAGAUUCAGAUGGUCAUUGAUUCUGGAGUCGUUCCAUUCCUUGUGCCUCUCCUCAGCCAUCAGGAGGUGAAAGUUCAGACAGCAGCUCUGAGGGCAGUAGGAAACAUUGUGACGGGGACAGAUGAGCAGACACAGGUCGUCCUCAACUGUGAUGUCCUCUCACAUUUCCCCAACCUGCUCACACACCCUAAAGAAAAGAUCAACAAGGAAGCCGUCUGGUUCCUGUCCAACAUUACAGCUGGGAACCAGCAGCAGGUCCAGGCUGUGAUCGAUGCUGGACUCAUUCCUAUGAUCAUCCACCAGCUGGCUAAGGGUGACUUUGGCACUCAGAAGGAAGCGGCGUGGGCCAUCAGCAACCUCACCAUCAGCGGGAGGAAAGACCAGGUGGAGUUUCUGGUGGAGCAGAACGUUAUCCCUCCAUUCUGUAACCUGCUGUCGGUGAAGGAUUCCCAGGUGGUGCAGGUAGUCCUGGACGGCCUUAAGAAUAUCCUCAUCAUGGCAGGAGAUGAAGCCAGCACUAUUGCUGAGAUCAUAGAGGAGUGUGGAGGUUUGGAGAAAAUAGAAAAUCUGCAGCAGCAUGAGAAUGAGGACAUCUACAAACUAGCCUUUGAGAUUAUUGAUCAGUACUUUUCAGGAGACGACAUUGAUGAAGAUCCCAGUUUGAUCCCCGAAACCACUCAGGGAGGAACCUUCAACUUCGAUCCAGCUAACAUGCAAGCAAAGGAGUUUAAUUUCUAAAUCCAGGAUGUUUGGUUCAACCAGCAACGCGGGUACUCUGUAAUCACCCCAGACAUUCAUUCAUCUUUUCUCCAACCUGGCAACCUGGUAUCGAAGGAUUUACUUAGCAUCACUUCAUCAUGGAAAACUCACCACUGAAGGAAUUGUCCACACUCACUUCUGCACUGUGUUGUGGGAUUUUCUUUUCUUUUUUUUAAACGGUCAUUCUUCCAGGACAUGGCAACCCUUCUAAGGAGUCCUGGUUCUUCAACAGGCGUCACAUCUGGAAACCUGCAUCCGGAGGAUUGUCAGUGUUCUCUGCCAGUACUUCUAGAUAUCACACAAAUGCAACCAGAAGGAAGAAAAAGCCGUCAUGGCAAGAUUUAAUUGCCAAAUGUUUAAGUCUUCACAAAGACAAAAGCGGAAGCACAUUUCCAGACACAAACACACACACAGACACAUUUACACACUUUUUGACACUUAGAUUUGUGUGCAUACUUCUGUUAGAAGCCAUCAUAUCACCUGGGGAAAAAUACUGCUGUUUGUUUGUGGUUUAUUUUUUGUGCUUUCUCUCCCCUGGAUUGUCUGGUAUUAUUUGACCCACAUGCUCUCUCACUGAUGUUCAAGGACGCACAUCAUCACACAUAGUCUCACUGAUUUCUGAUGGCCGGCACCUCCAGAAAAGCCUCUCCCACGUAGUAGAAAGAGUUAAUUGCAGAGCUAAGCCAUGACUAACCACGGGCCCCCGCUGCCCUCAAGAGUCGCCGGGCAGGUGGAGGGGUGAAAGGGCUCUUAAGCAUAAAGAGAAACUCCGUGGUAAACUGACUGACGAGACUUCUGAUUCAAGGACGUCGCUUUUCUAACGUGACUUCUGUCGAAUUACCAAACUUAAAACAAAAAUCAUCAAAAUGUGAAGAAAACGCCAUAAUUUUUCGAAACGUACAAUGGUGAAACCUGCUAGUUGCCUGUUCGGGAUCCAGCAGAGCGACGUCGUCUUUCUCUAUGUACAGAUGUGAAUGCCUGUCAUUAGAGGAAGCACCUCUGGGUGAAGGCACAGACUUACAAGAGAUGUUAGCUGUAGCGUUAGCCCCCCCCUUCCUUCACAGGACAACCAUUUCUGCAGCAUGAGCUCAGUCACAUCAUGUGAUCCAGUGAACUGUGUGCUCGGGGCUCCCGUGUAAUGUGAAACUCGAGACAAGAGGGGUUUAACAAAAAAAAAAUUCAGCUAAAAUUGUCCCAUAUUGCUUAUCUGACCUUUAGGCUUAUUUAAUUUUUAUAAAGUUCUCUCUUUGGUCGAAUAUAUUCAGUUCAAGUUUUGACUUCUGGUUGAGUCUGUGGAGCUUCCAUGUGUCUUGUUUGCUUUUGCCCUUCUCUUCAGUCUUAUGCACAGUUCUGAGAGACCUAUUGAUGUCUGCCUGCACAUAGGGACCUAUACUCGAGGACUAAGCGCGUAUGAGGAGUACAGGCCCCGACCUUUACAAUACUUAACUACUUUUGAUGAGGAGGUCACGUCAUCACUCAAUCUGAAAAAUUGUACAAAAACGUGAUGUGUAUCUCUCCUUGCCGUCUAAUGAAUAUAUUUACGUAAAGCCUGUACAAAGCUGCUGCAGCUGACAGUCAUUGGAUAGAAGGUAACUUUUCUGUCUAAGAUGGCUGGGGAGUAUUUUUAUUUUCUUUUUGUUGAAGCAAUAUUUUUGUUUCAUUGUUCUUAUUUUUGACUUACAUAUGUAUUGUGAUGACAUGCUGAUACAUUGGAACAGGCUGUCUCCCCCCCCCUCUUUGUAGUGGUGACGGGCUUUUAAGUUGUACCGUCCCGUGUUCUAAUUGGUGUGUGGGUUUGGGUUCGAGGUGUCGGACUUCCAGCUCGACCCCAGCCCUGGUCUUGAAGACUUUCGGAUUCUCUGGUUGGCUGCUAACUACUGAGAGGGGAUCACACUGGGGUUUUAAAUGUUGGGUGGGGUUGUUAUGAGCAGCCCAGGCUUGUUUUUGGGACUAGCUGUUUAUUACUGAACAAAACUAUAGAAAGGGUGUACAGUCAUGAUCUAGCAGACUAGACCGAGCCACUUUAAAGAUUUACAAUUUCGUUGUCUUGUAUCUGAAUUGGAUACAAGCUUAUGUUUGUUGCAAGAUUUUUCCUUGCUAAUGAAAAGUUGUUUUAAAUAAAAUAAUAGGAGAAAAGCAACAGACAGCGUUUUGGCCUCUGAUUGUUUAUAUCUUUUUAUAAAUUUUAGAUUGAAUUCUUUAAGGUGGCUCAUUGAUGCUUUCAACUCUUGUGCAUAUUAAAGACAAGAAUGAGUUGAAAAUCAUUGUGCCUUUUGUUUUUCCUUUCAACAAAAAUGUUUUAUUGAGUAGAAAAGAAAUUUGGAUGGGAGAUGUGGCUGCAGGAACGUUGGUCUCCCUGUUGUUGGAGUUUGCCACGAGAAUGGUCAGUGCUGCUCUCUGCUGUUGAGAGUUUCUGCUCCCCUCCAGUCAUAUUCACUGAACAUUGUAACACACUCUUUAUCCCACUCAUUACCAGUUCCUCUUAUUUCACCACAAAACCAUUCUUGUCAUAUUUCAAUGAGGGGAUUUUGACGCAAUCUCCUCUAAUUUCGCCCUCAGGACAUUCUGUGUUUCUGAUCCUAACCAAAAUAAACUUGCUGUUUAGCCAUUGGAUCCUCAAA